UGUGCAAUUGCUAUGGGCACCUUCAUCAACGCUGAUGACGGCAGUUGAUCUAAUGAGUAAUGAAAGGCCUAAAUCAUCAUAAAUGAUGCUGAAAAAAUGUAACGUUGAUUAUUAAGUAGGCCUAAGCCCUUGUAGUUUGUCGAAUAAAUCAAGAGGGUUGCCACACCCAAAUUGUUUCUACCAGAUCUGCCUUUCAGACAGUAAAUGAAACGAUUGCAGUGUUAGCCAUGGGAUCAGGAACAUCCAAGAGCGGAGGAAAGGGCAAGGUGAUGGUGGCUGCAGAGGUAGUGGUACCAGGUCAAUCCAAGCCUGUCAAGGUCAAAGGGCAGGUCAAUCUCAAGAACAAUGAAGGGGUCAGUGGUCAGCUGCCAGGACCAGCCACAGUUAAGCAGGUAGCAUCCAACAAAUUCAGCUUGCAGAUGGGCAGCCAGAGCCUAGGGACCUUUGAUGUCACCCAAGGGGACAGUGACUUUGCCUCUCACCUGUCAAAUGCCGCACAGAUGACAGUCACUAACAUUGAGAUGAUCGCAGAGGAUGACGAAGCUAACAGCAAUGAACACCUCGGCCAGUCGUUUCAAAUACAACUCAGCCAGGACACCAGUUUUUCAAACAACCAAUACAGUGAUGACGAGGACUGGGAAGAAGUGAUUGAAGACUUGGAUGCAAAAGAGAACCAGCCGACCUCCAGCGAGGGCGCUAAAGAGCGCAAGGCUCGUCUGAAGCAAGCACUGCAGGAGAAACGCACCCACCUCUCGCAGCAGGAGUAUGAACAGAUGAUAGCCAAUCACAAACAGGAGGUGGAGCUUAUGGCGAUGCUGCGUGAGAAGGAACGCGAGCGACAGAAGUACACGCUGGCCUCCAAAGUGGCUCAGCGCCAGCAGCGGCGCAAAGCACGGCUGGACGAGAAAAAAGAAUUAGAGAAACUUUCUAAAGAAAAGACAAUCGACGAAGGCAAAGAAGAAGUAGAAGCAAGUCAUCAGGUUAAUGCUACCACAUUCAUCAAUGGGGCAACUGACGAUGUCGAGAAAAGUGCACAGCAAAUUGAAAAAGAGAUCCAGCAAAGAAAUGCAGCAUUUGAACAAGAGAUGAAAGUGAAGAGAGAGCGACUACCAGAGGCUGAGUACCAGCGAUUGGUCGCUCAGCAUAAGGCCGAGAUGGAGAAACUGAAACAGAAAUUAGAGAGGGAGACGGACAGACAGAAACAAUCCCUGGCCGAUAAACUUGAAGAACGGAGGCGGAGGAAGAAUCUAGGAGGCGGGCAGUAUGAAGAGCCAGAAAUGUCACCUGAGGAGAUCCAGCAGCUUGAAGCAGACUUGAAACGGCGUCAGAUCCAGCUGGAGGCCAUGCUGCAGGACAAGAAAUCGCAGCUGUCGCCAGAGGAGUACAAGAAACUGAUCGCUGAACACCGAGAGGAGCUGAACAAGCUGCAGCACCGGCUAGACCUGCAGCGAGAGAGACAGCGGCAGUCGCUGCUGGAUAAGCUCGCCGCCAGGAAAGCGCUUAGGGACAGGAGGGGAAAUGCGGAGGUCAGUGAGCCAUUGUCAGCUGACGAGGUCAAGGACCUACAGCUGGCCCUAAACCAGAAGGCCAUGGACUUCAAAAAACAGUUGAAGGAUGCCAAGGGCACUUUGUCUCCUGAUGAGACCCAGCGGCUCAUCGAUGAGCACAGACGUGAGAUGGAUGCCCUGCAGGAGCAGCUGGAUGCGGAGAAGGAACGGAUGAGACGGGUGCUGAUAGACAAACUGGAGGCCAGGAGAAGAAGCGGUAAGGGAGAACCGGAUGAAGAAGCCUCUCCACUCACCGCCGAAGAGAUCAAGCAGCUCCAACUGGCGCUAGACCUCAAUGACACCAAAUUCAAGGAGGACAUGAAGGCCAAGAAGACCAAGAUGUCUGGCGAGGAGUACCAGCGUCUGAUGGAACAACACAAGAAGGAACAGGAGGAGCUUGCUGCAAUGCUGGCUGCCGAGAGAAAAAGGAUGGAGGGGAAAUUACAAGAGAAGCUAGGAGCAAGAAGGUUCAGACCACUCACAGCCAAGGAGCCAAAUGCAGCCAAAUCUGAGGAGAUUCUGAAAUUAGAGCAGGAGAUCCUUCAGAAGGAGUCAACCUUUGCCAAUGAGGUCACCAAGAAGAAGUCUGAGAUGUCUGAAGCGGAGUACCAGCGACUCCUGGCCCAGCAUGAGCGCGACAUGGAGCGGCUGAAGGGAAGAUUAGCCAUGGCUGUGGAGAGACAGAAGAGGAAUUUCUCUGACAAGCUGUCGGCAAGGCAGCGGCGAAAGGCACAGUGGAAGGCCGAGGAAGAAGAACGGAUGAGACUCAUGGCAAGACUGGAGGAUAGUGAUGCUUGCAACACGGAAGAAGACCUCAGUAAUCUGCAGCAGGAUAUUUCACGCUAUGACAACGACAUUCGGUCCAACAUUCAGGAUCGCAAGGGCAAGGUGUCAGAGUCGGAGUACAAAAGAAUGAUUGAGGAGCACGAUAAGAACAUGUGGAUACUUCAGAGUAAAUUGGACAAAGAAAGAGAACGCAUGCGACAGGUUCUGGAGGCCAAAAGAAUGGCACGAGGCCAGAAGGCGACAGGAGAAGCAGUUGUGGCAACCCAGCGCGCUGAGACCCAGGAAGAAUUGUACAAUUCAGAUGAAGAGGCGGAUGAAUUUGGAGGAAAUGACACUGAUGCCAUCGCUGUUCCCACCGAGGUGACCCAGCUGUGGACCACGCCAACUCAGUCCACCUCCCUCGUUGUUGUCCCUCUGAAGGAGGAGUAUCCAGUUAAGAAAAAGAGGGAGCUUUACACGAACCCAGACAUCUUCAGGAGGUUAGACGCCCAUGCAAUCAAGCUUGCGCAGACAGUGAGUCUCGUUACCCAACCGACCUUCUCAGCAUUGGUCAAUGAGCUGGUCAGUAUCGGUGGGACUGAGCUCGAGAAAGUCCGACUCAUCUGUCGUUGGAUUACAGCCCAGAACUGUGACGAGAUGGACCUAAAUGACAUCAUUGAUGAUACGCCGCUCGGUGUACUUAAAGGCCUGUACCACAAGAAGAUUACCUUCUCCACCCUGUUCAUGCGAAUGUGCAGAUUUGUGGGUCUGCGCUGUGUGGAAAUCAACGGUUGUGCCAAAAACAAAGCCUACAACCCCGGUCAAUACAUCACCUCUAAUGACCCUACCUACCAGCAUACUUGGAACGCCGUCCGUAUCGACGGCUACUGGCAUUUCGUCGACUGUAACUGGGGUGUGUCACACAUCCAGGGCUCCGUGGCGUUUGACCCCUUUCGCUUCGAAUACGACGAGCACUACUUCCUGGCUGACCCAGAUGUGAUCAUCCGGAGUCAUUUCCCCAACGAUCCUGCUUGGCAGUUACUCAACCAGCCCCUCUCUUUGCAGGAUUUCAACGCUUCCGUCCCGCUGAAGCCCGACUUCUUUAAGUUUGGCUUUGUACUUCUCAGCCACACGUCAGCUGUGAUAGGUUGUCCGAAUGGCGAGUUGGAUAUCCGAGUCCAGUGCCCUCUGGGGUUGAUCCUGUCCACCCGCCUGGCCACUUUGCAGGGAAGAAGAGAGUUCAGCAGAGCCGGGGUCCCCUACGACCAGUUUGACUUCAUUCAUCAGGUAGCAGAAAAUGCCAUGGCGUGCUACAUCCGUAUCCCUGACCCAGGUGACUUUUACCUUACUCUGUAUGCCAAACGUCAGUAUCUCGACGGAGAAAUAAAUCUGGAGACUGAGACAGAAAUCUGUCGUUACUUGGUUCACAAUAGCGCCCCCUGUGGAGACCAGGUUCCACUUCCAAGCUCUCCUGCUGAUCAUUGGGGUCCCAUUGGGGUCAUGAAUGUUGGUUUGACGCCUCUGACCCACCGCACAGCCGUGGUGAUGACCCACGAUGCCUCGGACAUUGAGGUCCGCUUCAGGUUGAUGAGGAAUGAACUAAGCUUCACUCACACCCUGACAUCCUGGGGUUGGAAACCGGAGGAUUUAGUGGUGUACAGCAUGCAGAGAGUAGUCGGCGAAGAACUAGUGUUGUUGGUCACUCCACCGAAAGUUAGCCGGUAUGGGCUGCACAUCCUUGCACAAUACCCAGGCAUGCCCACCCCCGUCCACGUAUGCAGCUAUCUAUUAGUCUGCACCACUGUCAAGCAGGUCAUGGCUAUUCCAUUAUUGAGUAGAGGUGAGCAUUGGGGUCCCACCGAAGCCUGUACCUCCCUGGGGAUGUCAGCCUUUACCCACCCAGACCCAUUUGUGGUCACAUCUGACCACAGCAUCCAAAUCGUCAUGGGAUUGUCCAGUAGUAUGAUAGCUGCCCAUGAACUGAUAUACUACGGUCAGCGAGAUCCACACAAUGCCACGUCUGAGGUCAGCCCAGAGUUUGAGGGACAAAGUGUCACCUACGUUCUACCCCUGCGUGGACCAGGUUACUACCGAUUCACUAUCAAGGGUAAAGAGUGUGAUGAUCCCUCCCUUCCUCUCACUCAGCUGUUUCAUUACCUAAUCCGAAAAAUCUGAAAUAAUGUCAAACAUGGAAUAGUCAUGGAGCUUGAAAAUCUGCUGUACUAUAUGUCCAAGUUUGGCAGUUGUCAUGACAAAUUGUGAAGAUUUGCACAGAUUCUCAAUAGUGUUCAACAUUUGGUGACUCUCCUAAUAGAAAAAUGUUUGACUUCCAGUGGUGUCUGAACUGAGCCUUUUUAUCUUUUUCUUUUCCAUUUGGUGAUAAACUACAAGAUUUUACAGCUAAGCAUUUUGUAGCAGUAAAUGCAUUAUUCCUGUGUUAGUCGCCAGUUUUACAAGUCUGUCUUCUGGUGUUUUUGUUUUUUGAAAGAUUAAGUUCAUGGACGUGUGGUUUGACUAACACUAAUAAAAUUGCAAUAAUGCCAAAAAGUAAUGGCAAUUUCAUAAAUUAGCUAAUGUUAUAUGUAGACUUGUGUGUUUUUGUUUUCUUGAUCAGAGAAAGGGGCACAUUGUAAGUCUGAGACAUUUUCCAAUGUAUCUUUUACAUUUUGCAGUUGUCAAAGCCAGUGCUUAUGUUUCUGUUGCCAUAGUUCAAAGGAAUUCUAAAUAAUUUGUAAAGCAUUUGUUAUUUAAAAAGUGAAUUAUUUUAUUGGUAAUUUCUUGUGAUUAAUUCGAUUGACAUUGCAAGGUGAUACUUCUGGCAAAUUCUUACUAAUAAUUAUUUAUCUUUGAUGUUGUACUGAGAUGUUAAUAUCAGGCAGAAAGUGAAUUGAUGAUAUUACACCAGCUAUCAUGUAUUCCUGAUCAUUAUUCUACAUAGCGCCAUCUAUUCCACCCCCCGAGGAUGUAUGUGGAAUCAUAUUGAAAAUUGAGGAUAGACGACUGUUAGGAUUAAAAUGCGCAUUGUUGCAACAUAAUGGUCAUCAAGUUUAUGAAGUUAUGCUGGAAGUAUUUCAGUAACGUUUUGCUUAAUCAUUGUCUCACAAGAUUGCCCAAGAAAUUGUUUAUUUCCAUUGUACAAUAUAAUAGUUAUAUUAAGAAAGGAUUACUCUGUGCCUCCUUAAUUGGAAAAUUAAAAAGAAGAGAUGUAUAUGUAUAUUUUGGUUUCAAUUUUAUGAUUCAUCACGAGUACUUACAGUACCUGUUUACUGCAGCUAGAAUGUCAGGCCCAAAUAUGUUUGUUUGUGUAUAUUAUGUUAAGUUCUCUUACUCUAAUAAUCAACAAAUUGGUGUUUUCCUUUAGAAAAGUUAACACAAUAUAAAAUUUUUGAAUUGUAGUUUCUGAAAUCGAUUUUUAUCUUCCCGUUGUAUGGCUUAUUGAAAAUGCAUAGAAGUCUUUUUGUCUUCAUUUUUGAGUGAAUAAACAAAACUCUGUGGUGAAUUCGAA